UUUCUUUUACGUUACGACUGCGGCGCAGCGCGGCAUUUAUUUUCCUUCGACUUUCCAAUACAACACCAUCUGGCGUUAUGAAUCAGAGUUUUCCGUUUCACGGAAAAGUCAAGCCAUGAUACUGUUGUCCCGUUCUAAAUUAUCGAUAGUGGAGAGUAAAGCGGUUGAAAUCGUUUGGAGUUAUAUACACAGAACUUGUAUAUCCUGAUCUCGACUAGUAGUAGCGAAAUCAUAUUCAAGAUGCCCAAAGGAAAUAGGAAAAAGGCUGGCGGAAAAUCGGGGGGACGGGGUCGCGGCGGGGACGCCGACGAAGAGCUUCACCACAGCGACACCAUCAGCAUCACCAGCUCUUUGGACGAGCGCAGUGUCUGCGACGGCAGCGUCUGCGGGGACCAGGAUGUGGACGAAUCAUCACAGGCCGAGCAUUUCGAGGAGAAGGUGUGUAUGGCCAUGGACGGCGCUCUGGACAAGUCAGCCACCACACGCACCAACAGUCUGCUGGCGCUGUGCACCGCCUUCAGCAAGGAGUACGUGCCAGAGUUUGUCGAGUCAAGACGGAUGACGCUGAGUGACACGGUGGAAAAGAGUCUGAAGAAGGGCAAGUCGGUGGAGGUGGCCGCGGCCGCCGACCUGGCCGUGCUCAUCUGCCUGCAGCUGGCCGAUGUCAGCGGCGUCGAGCUGGUGUACAGCGAGCUGCGACACACGCUGGCCACACUGGUGGCCGACAACGCCCAGCCGGCCGCCGCGCGCGCCAAGUGCUGUCUGGCGCUGGGUGCCAUCUGCUACCUGAGUAACGCUGAGCCGACCGAGGUACACGCCAACAUGUCCCUGCUGGAGUCGCUGGUGUUCUCCAGCGCGCGUCGGGACGGCGGCGCCGGCCCGGCCGCGGCCGCCGUGUCGCCGCCACUGGCCACCGCCGCCCUCCAGGCCUGGACACUGAUGGUCACCGACGUCUCUCACAACGCGCUGCUGAAGGUGGCAGAGAGCCAGCUGCCGCGCCUGACGGCCCUGCUCGAGUCGCCAGACGUGGAGCUGCGCAUCGCCGCCGGCGAGGCCAUCGUGGCGCUGUACGAGCUGCUCUGGAGCGUCGAUGAUGAGUUUGUCGGUGACGACCUGGACGGCCUGUGCGCCCAGCUGCGCCAGCUGGCCACCGACUCCACCAAGACCAGGAAGAAGAGCGACCGCAAACAGCAGCGCUGCGUCUUCAGGGACAUCCUGCACACGUUCGAGGACGAUGAGUACCCGAACGAUCAGGUCAAGUUCGGCCGCGAGGUGCUGCUGAUCGACACGUGGUCCAAGAAGCGCCUGUACGACUUCCUGGCCUCGGUGCUGCGGUCGGGCACCAACACGCACCUGAAGCAGAACGAGCUGGUGCGCGCGGCGCUCGGUCUCGGCGCGCCGCUGGUGAGCGCUGGCUCGCAGGUGCCGCGUCUCUCCAAGCUGGACAGGAUGUACCAGCUGAACGAGGCCACCAAGUGCCGUCAGCAGGCGCGCGGCAAGUACCGCGACAAGCGCACGGCCAUCUUUGACUGACGGCCGCCGGGCCCCGCGGCCGCCGCUCUCAGCCCGUCGCGCGCCCCUCGCGGUACACCGCCGGCCGUGCCACAGUUGCAGCUAGCGCCCCCGUCUGAUCUGCCGUCGUCUCACACGGGCAGAGUUUGGUUCGUCCCCGCUCAGCUGCCCUUGGUUAGCUAAAUAUGAAAGACACUGACCAUGUCCUCAAAUAUCCCUAGGAACAUUUGUACAGCGUUCUGUCGGUUUCUUUUAUUGAAGGUGCCGCCGCAGCGCUGCCAUCUGCCGGUAGAAUUGUGCAUACCUCAACUCGAGCGAGCGCCGCUGGGUGGCGGGUGGUUCAGCAGCCACGAUCGCUCUGAAGCAUCCCGCUAGACUUCCACCCUCCGGCGAGGAGCUUAUGUAAAUCGUGUAAACAAUAACCUGAACAUAGUAUAUACAGCCUUCGCCCUGUUGCGGGUUUCGUAAAUUUUAGCCGGCAGUAUUUUUGUAAUGUUGUUUAAAGUGUAUACUGUGAAUGUGGGCGUGAUAGGCCUGACUGGAUUUUGGACGGUUUCUUUUCUGGACACGGUCUCGGUGUCGGUUUUAGGUCCGGCUUGUCGAGCGGUCGGCGCAGGUGGGUGGUGCGGCGGUGCCAGCGGGUCCCCUCCCAGCCCUGGCGGGCCCCUGUAGCAUCGGCUAGCGUCGGCUCGGUUUUCGCUGCGGACAAUGUGUUGCGCUGUCGCUCGCGAUCUUCUCUGCGCUAUCUGCCGGGCUUCGCCCGCCGCUUCGUCGUGUUGUGUAUAUUUUAGUGUCGGCGGGACAAUAUACGACUAAAGUUCGA